UGCGAGCGUGGCCCGCCCUCCCGGAAAUCCCCUCGGGCGGAGGCGGAAACGGAAACGGAGCCCGACUCGGGUCGGAGACGCGGCCGGUGCCGCGUGUGGAGGCUGCACUUUCCUGGCUAGACUGUGUGACGAGAGACUAGAAAGCCUUCCAGGUGCCAUGGCGGUGCGGGCGUCGUUCGAGAACAACUGUGAGAUCGGCUGCUUCGCCAAGCUCACCAACACCUACUGCCUGGUGGCCAUCGGAGGCUCCGAGAACUUCUACAGCGUGUUCGAGGGCGAGCUCUCCGACACCAUCCCCGUGGUGCACGCGUCCAUCGCCGGCUGCCGGAUCAUCGGGCGCAUGUGUGUGGGGAACAGACAUGGUCUGCUUGUACCCAACAACACAACUGACCAGGAGCUGCAACACAUUCGAAACUCCCUCCCAGACUCCGUGCAGAUCCGGCGGGUAGAGGAGCGUCUUUCAGCUCUGGGCAAUGUCACCACUUGCAACGACUACGUGGCACUAGUCCAUCCAGAUCUGGACAGGGAAACAGAAGAAAUCCUGGCUGAUGUGCUCAAGGUGGAAGUCUUCAGACAGACAGUGGCUGACCAGGUGCUAGUAGGAAGCUAUUCCGUUUUCAGCAACCAGGGCGGCCUGGUCCAUCCCAAGACUUCAAUUGAGGACCAGGAUGAACUGUCUUCUCUUCUUCAGGUCCCCCUGGUGGCAGGCACCGUGAACCGAGGCAGCGAGGUGAUUGCCGCUGGGAUGGUGGUGAAUGACUGGUGUGCCUUUUGUGGCUUGGACACAACCAGCACAGAGCUGUCAGUUGUGGAGAGUGUCUUCAAGCUGAAUGAAGCCCAGCCCAGCACCAUUGCUACCAGCAUGCGGGAUUCCCUUAUUGACAGCCUCACCUGAGUCACCCUUGUUCCCGGUCUUGGUCUCCUGGCUUUGGACUUUGACUCGCUUUCCAUGCCCCACCCAGUCUGUACUGGGUGCUGGCUGGAAGCAGCGGAGUCACCGGAACUGGGUUCACCUGAUUCACCUGACCCCAUCACCUGAUUCUGUAUACCUGCUGCAAAAAUCUGCCACUGUGCUGACUGUCAGACCUGGUGGCUCUUGCUGAGGGCCCUGAUUUCCUGUGCCACUUUCAUUAAAGAGCAGCUGCUUUUGGCCA